AUGAAUCGCGGCUCUGAGGCAUACCAAGCCACAUCUUUCAAUCAAUUUGAAAAGGGGGAGAAGUUUCAUGAUAUGUUAGAAGGCUUUUUAGGAACGGGUAUAUUCAACUCGGACGGAGAAACCUGGAAACUUCAUCGCUCUAUGGCGAGGCCAUUUUUUGAUCGAGAAAGAGUGGUUAAUCAAUCUCAUUUUGAACGACAUACUGGGAGGCUGAAGUCAUUACUGGGUGUGCUAUCCGACAAGGACGAUUCAUCAUUCGAUAUACAAGAUCUUUUUAGCCGUUACACUCUGGAUUUUACCAUGGCCUUCCUAUUUGGAUUAGACUCCCGUACUAUGGUUCCCCCUCAUUUGAUCACCAAAGAAUCAGAGAAAUUGAUGUUUGCAUUCGAUACUCUUCGCAAAGCAGCGUCAACACGAAUUAGGAUCGGGUCAAAUUGGCCCUUGUUUGAGCUAUUUUCUGAUAGGAUGAAGGACUCGAGGCGAACCGUUGAUGCAUAUAUUAUGCCUAUCGUAAACGAAGCAAUAGAAAGAAACCAAUCCAUCGCUCAGGGCGAUGAUGACGCUACAAGGACGUUCUUGGAGUACCUGGUAACAGUUAGCAAUGACCCGAAACUUAUCCGCGAUACUUUGGUUUCUUUCUUGUUAGCUGGACGAGAUACAUCUGCGUCGUUGCUUACAUUUACUAUCUAUGUAUUGGCCCUGUAUCCGGAUACCUACGACCAACUUUCCAAGGAAAUCAACAGCAUCGUCAAUGACGAUCGCCCGUGUACCUUUGAGGAAAUUAAGAGUAUGCGAUACCUGCGCGCGUUGAUUAACGAAACGUUGAGAGUCUUUCCCCCUGUUCCAUUUAACAUUCGUCGGUCAAAAAACCUUCCGUCUAUUCUACCGUCAAGCUUAUCGAGGGCACAAAACGGGCGAAAGGACAUAUGGGGAGAUGACGCGGAAGAAUUUAAGCCGGGUAGAUGGCUCGCGGAGGAUCCUCAAAAGGUUCAUACAACGAAUCCGUUUGCUUUUAUUCCGUUCAACGGAGGUCCCAGGAUGUGCCUGGGACAAAACUUAGCCUACUUGCUGGUAUCUCAUACCAUCGUCGAAUUGGUCCGUAGCUUUACAUGGAGCCUAAGCUCCCAUAUACAACAAGCAAAGCCGCCUGUCAACUGGCGUGGAGAGCCAGGCAGAAAAGGAGAAGAGCAAUGCUGGCCUAAAUCGUCCCUGACGCUGUAUUCAGAUAAUGAAUAA